AUGUUUAUUAACCCAAGUCCGUCCUCCAUUUAGGUUAAAGGUUAUCUCAUUGGCUCCUAAAUUUUAACCAGCCUAUAAGUUCGUGUGGCCUUUUAGACCUCAAAAAAGGACGAGAUUCACAAUUUUUAUCACACAGACUGUAGUUUGCCUUUGAAUCCAAACCAUUAUGUAAAUCAGGAGUAAGUACAUCCAAGACCGAUUUAGAUUUGUAGCUUGUCAGUGUGAAGUCAAUGAAUUAUGAGAAGUGAAUGGACUGAUAAUUGUCAAAUUAUGAACAAAACUGGUUCAAAGUCAUUUUUUGUGGAUUCCUUGUUGAAUUUAUCAGGCUCAACUAAAAGUGCCUAUUACUGUAAAAUAGGAACACCAUCAACACCGACACCAACAGUAACACCAGUAAAAACAAUAUCAACUGAAACUGGAAAGGUUCCAGAGAAGACAAUUUGUUCAUCUCUUUCAUCGUCAUCUUCAUCUUCAUCGUCUUCCACCUCAUCUACAGAUGACUCCAAAGGAUCAACAAGAUUACGAACUGCCUUUACAUCAACCCAAAUUGUCCAUCUUGAACGUGAAUUCACUCGGAGUAUGUAUUUAUCCCGAUUACGGCGAAUUGAGAUUGCCCAUUAUUUAGGUUUAAGUGAAAAACAAGUGAAAAUUUGGUUCCAAAAUCGUCGAGUUAAACACAAGAAGGAAUCUAAAUUUACUCCGAAUGAAAUUUAUUCAAGCCAUUACAUUCCAUUUCAGCACAAUUCAUCAACAGUUAAUCCAACAUCAACUAACCAAAUCAAUGACAAUGUAAACAUGAGAAAAUUAAAGGUUAAAUUGGCCGCCAUUUCAUCCUCACCAUCUUCACCACUUGAAGCGUCAGUGUCACCACCAACAAGUACAAUUAUAACGGAUCAAAUGGAGACUCAUGUUGAAACAUUAAUUAAUCCGGAAUUUAAUGAUUCUUCAAUGAAUGUUACAUCAAAUCAAUUGAUAUCAUCAUCGUCUUGUGGCUGUGGUUGCCACAAAUUAUCAUCUUGCCAUAAAUCUAGCACCAACAAUGAUACAACCAACCAUGUUCAACUUACCAACUAGCUUGUCUCAACAACCAUCUAAUCAUAGUUAUAAGUUAUUUUACCUUUUUUAAUUUUCUAAUUUUCUACUCAAUUUUUAAAUAUAUUUCAUUCAAUUAACCCUUCUUAACCUUGUGCUUAACUGAUUGUAUUAUAUUUGAUUUAUUAUAUAUAAAUAUAUUUUCUGUAUACAUGAACAUUUAUGAUUUUGGUAACAAAAAGAAUGAUAUAAAAUAAAAACAAUAUCUCAACUCAACUUUACUAGACUCUAUGGAUGCUUGUGACUUUUGUUGAUUUUAAGAAAGCCAGUAGUAGCAGAUCGUCUGGAUCAGGUUAUGGCGACAGUGAUACAAGUUGGUUGAAUAGUCAACUGUCCAGUCUUAAUGGUACCCCACAAGAUGAGAGAUUCACAUACGUAUGGAAAAGCUUGACAUCUUCAGGUGACAACCAAAAAGGAUCCUCAUCGACAUCAUCAUCUUCCUCUUGUUUUGGUAGAUCUUGAUUUGCUUUUGUUUGUUGACAUGUUUUUUUCGCAUUUACCUGGUUCAUUAUUUAUGAGAUUCAAACUUGUGAAAUCCAAAUGGAGAGGAAACGAUGACGCAGGGAUGGAUCCAUGAUGGGUUCAUGUUGAAACAAAACAACAGUCAACUUGUCCAUGGUUAAUCAUUCUGUCCCUAUUGGUCUCAUUACCUUUUCUGGAUCUUUUACUUGUUCUUUGGUUUUAAAAGGGUUCACUGUUUAACCAAAUGUUGCUUCCCUUUCGGCAUCGGGUUCCACUUAAUUGGUUAUUCGUAAUUUGUAUUGUUGCUUUGUUAUCAGCUAAAUUGGUAGCUUCAUCUAGCCAGUGCUUCAACCUCAUUGAGGGAUCAGGAAUAUUUUGUGAUUUGUUCAGUCAUUGAUUAAAAAUUGAUGAGAAAUAGUGUGUCAAUUUCACUAAAAAUCACUAUCAAUAAAAUUUCACUUUUUGCAGCAUAAUCUAACACUCAAUCAAUGAUCUCAGCUAACUCAUUCCAGGGUUUGAUCAGGAUUUCACAUGGUAACUUUUUUGUUUAUUGAUGGAUAAUUUUCUCUGAAAUAAAUUUUCAUAUUUGUGUCUCCAAGUUCAAGACAGUUCGAGAUGAGAUGAUCCACGCCAUUAUCAAAAUAUAUCGGGUGAAGAGAGUCAGUUCGGAAGCUGAACAUUUAAACUGGUUACUAAUUAUGAAUCAUAAAUAAUUACUUAUCUUCGAGACUUUAGAAAUCCCCAGAAUUGUGAGAUUAAUUUUCCAUGGUCUCCAGCAAUCAUUAUUAAAAUGAAUUGUUACAAUUUCCUCAGAUUAGAUAGUUUAAACUUGAGUCACGAUAAAAUUAACAAGGUUCACAGGGUAUCAAAAACACUGAUUUUAAGUCUUUAGCUUUAAGGAUUCGCAUUUUCCUUAAAGCUAAUUGUCACAUAAACAAAGCCUAUUCUCACUGUAAGAUAUGUGAAAAUAGCAUAUUUUGUUCAUUAAACGGUUAACCUGCCAUGAAACAUGCUUGGUUUGUAAUUAAUCUUUUCAUUUGAUUCGUGUUUCUCUCUAUAUUCACAUUAUGGUCCUUUAUUGAAUUAAUCACUCAUCCAAGAUAUGGUAUCCUCUUCACCAUUUCUGUGUUGUUAUCUUUGAAUAAUGUCCAAAGGAAUGGAACUGCAGCCUUUGGAGAAUCGCGCUUUAUCUUGCAAAUUACCAUUCAUUUUGGGUUAGUAAAUAAAUAUUGAGAAGUAAUGGAAACGAUACUGCUAAUUAUGUGCUUCGAAAGCCAUUAUUGUUCGGAAAAUACUUGGAUUAAGGAUAAAUCAUUUCUGUAUUGGACUCUGUGUUGACUUCACUUGCAUUUCAUAAAUUCAUAAGGCGACUGUUGACAAGGAUAUGGAUCAGAAAGGGAAAUAAAACACUGGUGAACACUUGUGAUGAUUUAAUAAUAUUUUGAAACAACAACUUGAGAACUUAAUUAAAACUUAAGAAUACGAUCUCAGGGGGUUACAAUACAUUUCAUUUUUACAUUUA